GUGGAGGUCAUCUUAAACUGAUUUAAUUUUUAAUCAUAAUGUCAUGUUACUGCAGUUUUAUUGGGUUUCUGUGGAUUUUUUAAUAAGGUUUUUGAAUGCCUGUCUAUAAAACAAAACUCAUGUUGUUUAAAACUGUCUGUAGAAUGUUUCCCUCUUCAACACAAAUUGUGAACAUGUAAAUUUGUGUCUGUUUAUUCUGUAUAUGUGCAUGUCUUUUUUUUAAUCUUUGUUUAUGUUUGAGCCCCGUGAAUGUGUUGUUAGGGUGAGAGACAGAGAGACAGAGAGACAGAGAGAGAGAGAGAGAGAGAAGAGGCAGUUGCGUCACGUGACUUGCUCACCACACAGGAUGAGAAAGAACAACCACAAUGAAGGUGUGGACCUAAUGCUAACCCCAGUAUGUGCAAUAUACAGUAGCCCAUAGCUUUCCUUUGGACAUUGACAGACAGAGGACACUGAAGAGACGGAGAGAGACAACAGCAUGGCUGUCUUCAAGCUGGAUAAUGUUGAAGACCUUUAUGAGAUUGGAAAUGUUUUGGGAAGUGGUCACUUCGGGCAGGUGCGUGAAGUGCGGGAACGGGCCACUGGUGUUCUGUGGGCAGGGAAGUUCCUGAAGCUGAAGAAAGGUGCAGGAAGCAGGCUGGGUCUGGAGAGGAAGAGUGUGGAGAAGGAGGUGGAGAUCCUACAGAGCCUUCAGCAUCAAAACAUCAUGGCUCUCAGAGAUGUUUUUGAGAGCAGGGCAGAGGUGGUCCUAAUUGUUGAGCUCAUAAAGGGUGGCGAGCUCUUUGAUUUCAUCGCUGAGAAAGAAAACCUCACAGAGACAGAAGCUAUUGAGUUCAUGAAGCAGAUUCUGGAAGGUGUCAGCUACAUGCACCAAAAAAACGUUUCCCAUUUUGACCUGAAGCCGGAAAAUAUCAUGUUGUCGGACAAACACGCUCCCAGUCCAGACAUCAAGAUCAUUGAUUUCGGCAUGGCUCAUCACUUCAUUCAAGGAGAAGAGUAUAAGAGUUUAGGUGGAACCCCUCAGUAUAUUGCCCCUGAGAUUAUCAACUACGAGCCUCUCGGUACAGCAGCAGAUAUGUGGAGCAUUGGUGUCAUUACCUACAUUCUUUUGAGCGGCCUGUCACCGUUCCAAGGUGAAACAGACGAAGAGACGCUGAGGAACAUCGUGGCAAUGAACUAUGAGUUUGAGCCUCACCACUUCAGCCAAACUAGCAACAUGGCUAAAGAUUUCAUCCAGAAACUACUAGUUAAAGACCAGAGUGAAAGAAUGACAGCAGAAGUGUGUCUCAUUCACCCCUGGAUUAAGCCUCUCAAUAGAACUCAAAUAGCCAAGAGGAACCGCUCCUCCAUCAACAUGAAGAACUUUAAGAAAUUCAACGCAAGGAGGAAAUGGAAGAUGUCCUUUAACAUGGUUUCGGCUUGUAAUCGGUUUUGUCGACUGCAGUUACUGUGUAAGGCCCGCGGUCCGGAGCAACAAGAACUGAGAGACUGUGAGAGCGAUCAGGAGGACACCGGCACAAAACCUGCCUCUCUCUUACGCAGACGUCUUAGUAGCAGUUCAUAAAUCUCACCGGCAGAGGGAGUCACAAACCACAAGCAUCUCCCUGUAACGAGGCGGCAGCGCUCAUUCAACCUUCAGUACUUUUACUGUCAACAGGGGGAGGAACAGUCCGCAAUCCACACGAUUUCUUUCCCUAUCCAAAGGCCUUGAACCUCAGUGCAUGCAAUUGCCCAAUCACCAGCUGCGUAUCCAGUUACGGUGGAUGACGACAUCUGAAAGAAGGAUGGGGUCAUGAGAUCAUUGUCGUUUUCUAUGCUAAUAUGCAAGUGUGUUCAUAGAGUUCUACCUCUGAUAGAAUGAGUGUGAUGCUUCUACCUGAAGUGCUGUUGACAGGAGGGUCAGCAGUCUUGAAGGAUGUUCCUACAACAUUAAGUUUUCCUUAAACUAAUAUAUAUUUUUUUUCUUUCAGAUUUAUUUCAGUGGGAUAUAUACAUGCUUUAUACACUACUGUUCAAAAGUUUGGGCAGGUUUUUUCUUUUAAAGAAAUGAAUACUUUCAUUCAGCAAGGAUGCAUUAGAUUGAUCAAAAGUGAUAGUUACAAAAAAAUCUAUUUUAAAUAAAUGCUAUUUUGUUCUACAAAAAUAGUACACAACUGUUUUCAAUACUGAUGUUUAAUGAGCAGCAAAUCAGCAUAUUAGAAUGAUUUCUGAAGGAUCAUGUGACACUGAAGGCUGGAGUAAUGGAUGCUGAACGAUUAGAGAGAUUAAAACAUAUUACCAACGCCAAAGUUUUUGAAUGGUAGUGUUUAAAUAUUUCAUUUGAAAAUAUUAAAGCCCCGUUUAUUACUCGGUACUAACAUCUAGCUCAGAUACAUUUUAGCAGCUUGUAAUAGGAGUUCAAAGGAGGGUCUCUGACAAUCAUCACUUUGUCAGUUAAAAAUGUUCAAAUUUAAAAUAAAUAAUAAUUUAAAAAUGCAGAUUAUUUAGAAAUACACUGAGUAGGCAGUCUUUUUACAUUACACUACAAAUGCAACACGGUCACAUGUAUUUCUGACUACCUCUGAAUGUGGUUUGUGUGAACCGAUCAUGAAACAUUUUGAACCCCAUUUAGUACUGACAACGUGAUUAAAUCAGCCGAGAUGGAUCUUAAAACCUGGGGCCUCUACCAUGAUGGUUGCUGAACAAACUCAGGGUUACAGGAUUAGUUCUGAGUUGACAAAAUCAAACCAGUCCAAUCGGGCUUUGUUGGUACCAUGAAGCUGAUCAUCAGCUUUCUCUGUCAACUCAGGCUUGAUCCUGAGUUAAUGGAGCAUGUGCACAUAAAAGUGUGACAUCAGUAAUGAACAGCCAGUGACAUGCCUUGAAACUGUGAUUCACUUCUCUUGAGAGAGUCAGUGCAAUUCACGACCAAAGUUUAAAAGAUUGAACAAUACGAAGAAUUUAAACACAUUUACAAGAUGAAACGAUGAAAGAGGGAAACUUAACAUCUUGCCAUAUAAGUGCAAGUAAAAGUUGUAAAGUUAGUUUAUAGAGUUGAUAAUAUAAUAAGCUCAUAUGUAGUCAUGUUUAAAGCUAUUGAUUCUAAAACUUGCAUAUUAUUUAUAUUAAUUUAAAAUAAAAGCUUAAUAAUUACUAUUAAACUAAGCUAGUUUGUGUAAUGGAUUAAGGGUAUAAUAAUUAUAUAAGUAAUAUAAAAUAAUUAUAAAAAAUGAUUAUCUCUAAAAAUCAGACAAUUUUAUCUUUAAAAAUGUUUAACUGUGUAGCUUCCCUUACUUUGGAGUAAGAGAACCUGCUUUAUUUCGUAAGAGAUGUGUCACUUUGCUUGAAGCUCAUUGGUCAAAUGUCAGUUUGAGAUCUCUAAACCAGAACAUAACCUACAAAACAAAGCAGGUUAGCUGUGGAGCGUAAGUUACUAUGGUGAUCAACACCACUAAAAGCCAAGUCACUUUCAUGGUACCUAAAACCCAGGAUUGGUGCAAACUAAACUGAAACUUACCUGGCUAUAGCCAGCUAAACCGGCUUCAUGGUACAGGCCCCAGGUGUAAAUGGGGUCAUGGUUUAAUGUACUUCAAGAAAAACAAGCAAACCAAAUUAUAAGGGAGGACUUUUGGGCCGAGGACUUUUGAUCAAAAACAUGAUCUAUUCUAGACCAAUACAUGUUUUGUCCUGAAUUAGACUUAACACUGUAAAAAGGUAUAAGUUGACUUAACUUAAAAAAAAGUGAGGAAACCCUUUGCCUUAAAAUUAUUAAGUAAAUAAUAAUUUUUAAAAAUAAAUUAAGUGAAUUAUCAAGUUUCCUCAAUUUUUUUAAGUUAAGUCAACUUAUACCUUUUUACAGUGUACCAGAGGCCAAACCUUAUUCCCUUUAUUGAUACCAUAGUAAGAUUGAACCAGUUGCCUUUUUCUCUGUAUCGCUGAAUAGUAGUUGAAAUAUUAAAAGAGUGUGAGUUUAAUAUCUAGUUGACAUCUUCAUUAUGGUCAUCUCUGAACAACAAUGGUAUUCAUUUAUGACAGAUAUAUACAGCUGUUAUAAAUCAUGUUUGACACGUAAAGCAGUUAACAGUUUUACAACUUAUUGACUUUCCUCAUCGAGUUGAAUCAACUGAGAUUUCAUGUGAAGAGCACUUUAAAUGUACUUGAAUGGUCUCAUGCAGUGUUGAGCUUUAUGAAAUGCUGCUUGAAUUAUUCUGGACACUAAUUGUUGCCUUUACUUUCAGAGUCUCAAGAAACUAUAUUAAGUUAAAGUAGUCAUUUUCAAAAGAUACUGGUCUUCCUUGUAGAUUUAAAAUCACUGUUUAGUUUGAGAAGUCUUCCAUUAUCCAGACAUUACAACAUUUUACCCUCUUACACUCUUGCUAUAGAACUUGUAAUGUGAAUAUCGCACAAAUUAAUAUUAUAUAUUGUUGUCAUGAUAUAUUUUGUAUACUAUACCUGCCUUGCAAGAAUUUUACUGUGUCUUCUGUUAUGUAACAUUUGCCUGAGGGUUGUAAUUCCUGUAAUAAUAUGUAGGCCUAACAUCACAAUUUAAUGCAUCAAAUAUUCCAACAGACCACUGCUUGUAUCAGUACCAUUUUUUGUUUUUUUAUUAUGUUUAUUUGUGUUUUUAAAUGCAGCAUGUCAGAUUAGUGAGUGAGAUUUCUUCUGAACGAGUCUUUGUGUCAAGUUUUCCUAUGCAGUAUUUGUGUGUCUCAUUUGUGUCUGUGUAUUUGUGAGCAAUGAUUUUAUGUUUGUGGGUUUUUUGUAUUUUUUUAUUUUUUAUAAUUUGAUACUAUUGUCUUAGUUAUGAAAACAAUAAGCAAUGUGGUGCAUGCGGUUUUUCCUAUACAGUUUGUUAGUUUAAUGUGUGUCCUUGGUUUGUUUGAUACUGCUUGGUGUAAAUUAAAAGCAGUUUGUCCUUCAA